GUACUGCCUGCAGAAACACUACAACAACGAGAACCCGAAUAAUGCACAACAGUCUCAACCCUACAACCAGCACAAACUUUGGCCGGAGAAUUACGUGAAACUGAACCAGCAGUACUUCAACGUCGUCCCCGCGAACCACCUCCUCCCCGACGGGCAGAUUGGCUCCAGCAACAAGAUUAAGGCGACGCAGUUUGCCCAAACCGAGAUGCGGAAACAGCAGGAAUUACUGGACAAUUUUGGCAUCAUGUGGCCGGAAAUGUUCAACACAUUAGAGUGUUUGCCAUUUGACCACGUCCCCGAGGAGGAGGAGCUAAAAAAUCCUGGCUCUUUCAAAAAAGUAGACGUGUUCGCGAACGAAGCCCAGGUGUUGCAGGAGCAGUAUCCCGGGUAUGAUAAAACCACGGGCGAAUGGGGUCGUGGAACAAAGGGGAACUCUGCAGGACAGUCACAAGAAAAAGGAAGGCAGCAUCAAGUUGGUGGAAAGGAUUAUAUGAACAAGGGGGCUCACGCUCAACAGCAGCAGCACGGUAGUUCUUGGGUGAACGGAAAGAACAACCAGGCGCAGAGCUACUACAAUGCUGCAACUGGCGCGUGGACUACGAGUAGUGCGAAGGGCGGUAGCAUCACGGAACCUGUUGGGAGUAGUACGAAAGCAG